AUGCCUAAAACCUACAAAGCCCUGAAUAUUAGACCCUAUACAAAAGAAAGCUGCUCCUACAAGCACAAGCUGCCCUGGCCACAGAGACUUUACAGUAUACUACCAACUUGUUAUGGGUCCUUUGCCUAUACAAGGACCUUAGACCUUAGUGACUCGGCCAAGGCCUGCGCUGUCCUGAAGGCGGUGAGCCACCUACAAGACUUCCUUGCAACAACAAUCCUUCUUUCUCAUUUCUUCUUUAGCGAUUCCUUCUUUAUGAGGAGACCUUUUACUAUGACAAUGGAAGAAGAAAGCGUCGCAUUGUUGCUACAGCAGCUCCAGGAGCUCCGUACAGAGAUGCGGACUCAGAAACAACAGCUCCAAGAAGAGAAUAACAGCUUACAGGCGGAACUACAGGCCAUAAACCUUUAUAUGAAGUUUGCAAUCAACGCCGCCUGCUACCCUACAGAGGAGGAACAAGUUUACUAUGCCUACAGCCGCCUGAGAGGAAAAGCCAGCCAGUGUGUACUACCAUGGCUCUUGGCUCGCCAGAAAUCUGAGACUCCCGUGCUAUGGGCAGAAUUCUCUGCGGUACUAGACAAGGCCUUUGGUGACCCUGACCAACAGAGAAAGGCUCUUGUACGAGUAAAUACAAUAAAGCAAGGGAAACGUGACUUUGAAGAGUUCUUGAAUGAAUUUGACAAAGAACUUCUUAAUACUGGAGGGAUUAAUUGGGAUGAUAACCAGAAGAAGGCCUUGUUGGACACGGCAAUUAAUGUUGAGUUGCUAAAAGCCAUGGUUGGUAUUAGGCAGGAGGAUUCGUACAACAACUACUGUAAUCAACUGCGCGAAAUCAACCACAACCUCCAGAGAGUGGCCAGGCUUACAUAA